AUGGAGCCUCUCUCAUUGUUACCCGGCUCCGAGGUCGCAGUCAAGCCGAUCACAUCCGAGGCCGACCUGCCCUUCUGCGCACGUUUGGCUGACAGAGCCGUGAAACCGGACCCAUUCCAUGAGUUCAAGGCUCGGUACAGUUCGCAGAACGUAUACGAAGAGACACUGCAGAAAUUGACCGAGUCACUGCGCGACGAUCGAGGGAAGUAUUGUUUGCUCAAGGCCGUCGUGCCGGCUUCAUCGCGGUCUGGAGCGGACGACGCUGAGAUCAUCGUAGGGUUUGCGCAAUGGCGGCGUGGCUAUGUCGAAGUCCCCAAAAUGGAUCCUUUCGCGACACGCAAAGCUCCAGAGACGAAUACAAGUCUUGAUAUAGGUAUACCAUGCGUGGCUAGCGCUGAAGCAAAAGAGCACGGUACACCUGGUGCGGAUACAACGGACCUAGGUUCAGUGGCUGGUGCGAAAGUCCAAAACCCCCGAAAGACACAGCCCUUCUACUCCAAUCCACACGAUGAACUCGCACGGAAACUGAUGAACACAUAUAUCGGCACUAUGCGAGGGAAGAGGCAUGUGUAUCUCCACCGCCUGAUCGUAGACCCUUCUUAUCAGCGUCAAGGCAUCGGGCAGAAACUGCUCAACUGGGGAAUCGAGACAGCCGACCGGGAGAAUAUUGGCGCAUGGCUCUUCUGUCGGCCAGCUGGGUAUAAGCUGUACGAGCGAAACGGGUGGAAGGCUCUUCUUACGACUGAGGUAGACGUACCCGACGAAGAUUUGAUAGUUCCGCCUGUUGUGGUGAUGUUAAGGCCGCCUGCCGGACACGGUGGAUAG